AUGGAGACGCAAGAGCGGCGGGUCAGGUUGUGUCGCCGCGUCGAGUCAGACGAGUCAGGUGCGUCGGGCGAGUCAGGUGUGUCGGUGGGUCAGAGGUCGCGUGGCGAUGAGCCGCUCCGUGGGAACGGGGUCAGGCGGGCGAGCCGUCUCGCGCCGCUGACCGCGCCGCGCGUGAGCUCCGCUCGGUCUUUAUCAUCUCCUGCUAAGUGCGAAAGACGAGGCGAUACGCAAAGGCGCGCGUGCCACCGCCAUGGGUUAAAUAACAGGCGAUGCCGCGACUUCGCCGCCGGUGAAAUCGCACACGUCAACACGGGACCGAAUACAACUUUCCCGCUAAGCCAUGCCGAGCCGGUGUUGCAAGUGAACGGGAAAGAC